UAAAAAAGGGGAUGGGAUGAGGGAGGGGGGGAAAUACGAGCUUGCGUUGCACCGACUCUCCACUUUAUUCUUCCAUUCCAUGACCCCCACCUCAACACUCUCUGCUUUCAUUCUACCUUUAUUGGAAUACUCUUCUUCCACCAUUUCUAACCCUUCAUCUCUUUCUCUCUAGUAUUGUUCCAUUGUUCCGACAACUUGUUGAUGGCCCUUUCAGAGCUCCAGCUCCAGCUCCCCGCGUAGCAAUGGCCACUAUUUGCUCCUUCUUGAACAAAUUCGCUGCUCUGGUUCUCCUUCUUGUUCAUUUGGGUUGCUUCAUUUUCACCACCGCAGAUGGUCCCUCAUCAAAGAAGCGAAAGAUAUCUCCUCAAACCACUCAAUCUCCUUCUCCGCUUCGUCCGAAGUCUAAAUCUCAUGAAACUCUGUCUUCAUCUUGGUCCUAUCUCAAACGAAUUUUCUCCUUUAAGAAUCAGAAGAAAGAUAUUGAAACCCACCCCACAACACCAAUUUUAUCAUCCGCAAGAUCGUCACAGCAACUGAUGCCUCAACCUAUUGUCUCAGCUUCCCCGCUCAAGAGACCAAUUCCUUCUCGUAAAGAGACCGAUAUCUCGGUCGACCAAUCUUCGUUUCCCCUCCGAAACGAUAUAUUCCCCUGCCCUAUAUGUGGAGAGGUUUUCCCCAAAAACCAACUUCUCGAACAACAUCAAUCUCUCAAGCACGCCAUUUCAGAGCUCGUGGAUGGCGAUUCAGGGAAAAAUAUCGUUCAAAUCAUCUUUGAAACGGGUUGGAAGGAUAAAGAGAAGAACCCCACGAUUCACCGAAUCCUGAAAAUCCAUAACAGCUCGAAAAUACUAUCGAGGUUCGAAGAGCACAGGGAGUACGUGAAACUGAAAGCUGCACGAAACGGGGUUAGAAAACGAGAUGAAAGGUGCAUUGCAGAUGGUAACGAACUGUUGAGAUUCCACUGUUCGACUUUUGUUUGUGAUUUGGGAAUCAACGGGAAUUCUAGUCUCUGCACUCAACAGUUCUGCAGCAUCUGCGGGAUCAUAAGGUCGGGGUUCUCGGCUAAGAUGGACGGCAUAUUGACGCUAUCGAGCAGCUGGAGAGCACACGUGGCGCUGCCCGAUGAGAUUGAAGAGGAAUUCGCCUUCAUGAAUGUGAAGCGUGCCAUACUGGUGUGCCGAGUUGUGGCGGGUCGCAUCGGAAUCAUCGGAUGUGAUGAAGAUGUGGCCCAUAAAGACGAGUCCGUGUUUGACUCGGUCGUCGGCAGAGGUAGCGGAGUCAACUCCAGGUUGGAUGAAGAUGAGCUCUUCGUCUUCAAUCCGAGGGCUGUACUUCCUUGCUUCGUUAUUGUAUACAGUGUGUGAUCGGUGAGUGUGAUUUUCCGGAGCAAAUCCUUUUCUUCUUUUUGUUUUUUCCUCUGUAAAAUAUAUAAAAAUUAAUAAGGAGUAGUAAAAAAUAAAAUAAACGAAAAUGAUGAUACGGUGCAUGAACGGUGAAAGUGUCGGCACUUGUUACAGAGUCUGUGUCACUGUUCGUCGACUGACUUGAGGUGUGAGUAGUGCUUACUAUAUGUAUUAUGCCUUUUCUUUUUUCUUUUA